ACACCUGCCACUAGAUCCAGGUUUGUCUCUGCCUGGGACAAACUGCAGCCUCCGCGGCGGCGGCUGGGCUGGCAGCGAGGGAAAGCUGACCCGGCACAGAAAGACCGAGUGAGGGAGGAUUGGAGCACAGCUGGGAGCCAUCCUGCCCUGAGCAGCAGCUUCUCCCAAACAGCUGAGUCCUCAGCUCCCGGAGGAAGAUGAGCAUCUCGUCGGAGCACAAGCCCCUCGGGAAGCAGGUCACCGGCAGCCUGCAUAUGUUGUCACCAAUUGUGGAGUUAAAUGUUGGCGGGGAGAUGUACACGACAACGCUGAGCACCUUGAAGAAACACCCUGGCUCCAAGCUGGCAGAGAUGUUCACCGGCCAGCCCAAACUCAGGACUGACUCUGAAGGCAGGUUCUUCAUCGACAGGCCAGGCACCCACUUCAAAUACAUCCUGGAGUACCUGCGCAGUAACCAAGUGCCCACCCAGUGCAUCCAGGACGUCUACAAGGAGGCGCUGUUCUAUGACAUAGAGCCUUUGAUCAAGCAGCUGGAGGACUCCCCACAGAUCUUUGGGGAGCUGGUGGCGAGGAGGCAGUUCCUGGCUCGUGUGCCCAACUACAGCGAGAACAUCGAGCUGAUGAUCCGCAUCGCGAGGGCGGAAGCGGUCGCGUCCCGACAGUCCGGCGUCAUCGUCUGCGUGGUCAGGACUGAGGAGGACGCAGCCAGGUGUCAGGAUGCCUUGGACAGUUUGGACACGGAUAAAAAAUCCGUGGUGAAGUUUGGCCCCUGGAAGGCUGUGCCAAGUAUUUCUGAUCUGCUGGACUGCAUUCAGAUGGAUGUUGAAGCCAAAGGGUAUAAAAUAUCCUUUCAGCCCCAUGUUGCUGAAAAAGGUUUUCGCUUCAAAUCACACGACUUCUUCUACAAGUUCCUGUUCACCUGGUGGUAGCAAAGUGCCACCAUUGAUAGGGAACAUUAGAAAGCAAUUUCUGGAAUAAAUUACCCUGGACUGUGGAGACUAAACCAUAGGAUACCAGAGGAACAGGGAGAAAUGCACAGGCCAACAAAAGGAUCUCCUUUGGCUGCUUGCCAUUUAAAAGAGCACUUAAGAGCCACUUUACUUGGGCUUUAGGGGAUAACUUUUUAGGGGAUUUAAAUGGCUCCAGAAAAAGGAGGAAUUUUACUCUUCAGUGUUGCUUACUAUUCAUUGAAUUGAGCCAACUUCACUCAACCUAAGGGAAAUGAAUAAUCCCAAAUAUAUCUCAUGGACAUGUAGAGUUGCUCUCUCAGUGCAAAUGAGAACAGGCCACAUAUGUGCAAAUCCUGACUGAAACAGUGACAUUACCACAUACUCAAAUUAAAUUCGCUUUCUUAAUGGGAAGGCAAAAGCUAUUCUUCUCCCUCCUUUCUACACUAGAAUCUGGGUUAAAAGGAAGGAUUCAGUGUCCUAAGAUCUCUUCUUAUUCCUCCAGCAGACAGCUUACUCUCUGGUCAAUGUAUUUAUUACCAUUAUUUAUUAUUUUUUCUGAAGGAAAGAUAGAGAACCUCAGCUAUGGUCCAGGAUCAACAAAAGGAAAAAAAAACCAUUACUAAUGUGGGGAGUUUAUAAUCUAUAGACACACACUCCUCUCUCAGACCACACAAUUUUAAUCUCUUUCUUAUGACGCUCAUUAUUAUGAUGAUGCUAUUUCUAGCUACAUAAUCUCCUGGAAGAAUUGGGAAAACCUGCCAUGAUUUGGUGGGAAGGAAGUGGUACUGAAGCAACAGUCUGCAAAUUCUCUUUUACAGUAGGCAAGUUGCAUUCUACACUGUGUUUUAAAAAAAUCUUAGAAUUUCAAAGUUUAUUUUUAUACUGGAGAUGGCUUGGGUUUAACCACUCUGAGAAUCAUAAUGGCUGAUUUGAUAAAGAUCGUAUUUCCUUUACUUCUCAGAAGAUGGAUUUCUUCCAGUCAUGGACAAUAACCAUAGAAUUGUAGAAUGAU